AUUAUGAGUUUUGAUUUUGAAGAGUUUGAAACGAGCUUUGAAACACAGAAGAAAAUGUUAGACAAUCGGAUUUUGUAAAUCCAGAAGUAGAAUGAAACCCUCAUGCAAUAUCAAUCGAUUAAGUAAAAUACCAUAUGUAAGCUUGAAAAGAUAGGAUUAAUUACGAGAAAUCAAAUAGGACAUGAAAUUAGAGUUGUAGGAAAUUAAAUAGAUCAUCGCCGCUCUUGAAGACAGUGCUAAUAGGGAUCAAAAAUUCCAACUCAAACAAUUAAAAUAAAAAGUGAUCAAAAAUGAGGAACAACACAAAGCCAUCGUCAAAUAACUCAUCAAACAAUCGAUUUCAGAACAGUUUGAUAGGUUGUCGAUGCAGGAAUCACAAUUCCUUUAGGAUAAUCAGAUGGCUGAGUUACAAAAAAGCCAAACUAAACUCAUGGUCUCUUCAAAUUCAAUCCCAAAUAGUCUUCCCAAAGACAAUGAAAUAUUAAUUGUUCCAUCUAAGAAAUAAAGUGGAUUGUCAUUAUCUUUAAAAUAGCCACUUCUUGAAUUAGAAAAUGAAUAACUCUAAGAGAAAAGGGACUCUAAUGAAAAGGAUACCAAGGAAAUUGAAGAAUAAGUUGUAUAAUAAUUAAAUUAAGAAUAUAUAGAAUAUUAAAAUAUGAUUGUUGAAUAGGAGAAUUUAGAAAAAUAUAAUCAAGAAAUUGAUUAACUCGUCACAUUUUAAAAAAGUGACAAGAAAUGCUUCAAAUAUUCAAUAAUCAGUGCAAUUGUAUUAAUCAUCCUCGGUGUUCUAAUAUUUUUGAUAAUACAUUAUUUUUAUAUUAAAUGA